GGGGAAUCGCCGCUGGCAGGGAGCCUCGGAGCGCAGCGGGCUGGGUGGCUCCUGCCCCCGCCCCUGCCAGCCCCUCCCUCCCCCGCUGCCAGGCGGAGCCGGAGCCCAGCUCAUUGCGGAGCGAAGCGGCAGCCGCGAUGGCAACCACCGUGACCUGCACCCGCUUCACCGACGAGUAUCAGCUGUACGAGGAAAUUGGCAAGGGGGCUUUCUCGGUCGUGCGACGCUGCGUCAAACUCUGCACCGGCCAUGAGUACGCAGCCAAGAUUAUCAACACCAAGAAGCUCUCUGCAAGAGACCAUCAGAAGUUGGAGCGCGAAGCCCGGAUUUGCCGUCUCCUGAAGCAUUCCAACAUCGUUCGUCUCCACGACAGCAUCUCCGAGGAGGGCUUCCACUACCUCAUCUUUGAUCUGGUCACUGGUGGGGAGCUCUUCGAAGACAUCGUGGCCCGGGAAUAUUACAGUGAGGCCGAUGCCAGUCAUUGCAUCCAGCAGAUCCUGGAGGCUGUUCUCCAUUGCCACCAAAUGGGGGUCGUCCACAGAGACCUCAAGCCCGAGAACCUGCUCCUGGCCAGCAAGUGCAAAGGCGCAGCGGUGAAGCUGGCGGAUUUCGGCCUGGCCAUCGAGGUGCAGGGGGAUCAGCAGGCUUGGUUUGGCUUCGCCGGCACCCCCGGUUACCUCUCGCCCGAAGUGCUGCGCAAAGAAGCCUAUGGCAAACCCGUGGAUAUCUGGGCAUGUGGUGUGAUCCUUUACAUCCUGCUAGUUGGUUACCCACCCUUCUGGGACGAGGACCAGCACAAACUGUACCAACAGAUCAAGGCUGGUGCCUACGACUUCCCUUCUCCCGAGUGGGACACGGUCACCCCCGAAGCCAAAAACCUCAUCAACCAGAUGUUAACCAUCAACCCGGCCAAAAGAAUCACAGCCCACGAAGCCCUGAAACACCCAUGGGUCUGCCAACGCUCCACUGUGGCCUCCAUGAUGCACAGGCAGGAGACCGUAGAGUGUCUGAAAAAGUUCAACGCCAGGAGAAAGCUCAAGGGGGCGAUUCUCACCACCAUGCUGGCCACGAGGAACUUUUCGGUCGGCAGACAGACCACCGCUCCCACCACAAUGUCUGCAGCUGCCUCCAGUGCCACCAUGGGGUUGGUGGAACAAGCUAAGAGCUUACUGAACAAGAAGGUCGAUGUUGGCAAGCCCCAGACAAACAGCAGCAAAGGUAGUGCCGGGGUCACCAGCCCGAAAGGAACCCUCCCGCCAGCUGCACUGGAGCCUCAAACCACCGUUAUCCAUAACCCCGUGGACGGCAUUAAGGAAUCGUCCGACAGCACCAACACCACCAUAGAGGACGAGGACACGAAAGCCCGCAAGCAGGAAAUCAUCAAGAUCACCGAGCAGCUGAUCGAGGCCGUGAACAACGGGGACUUCGAGGCCUACGCGAAGAUCUGCGACCCAGGCCUGACGUCAUUCGAACCCGAAGCCCUGGGCAACCUGGUCGAGGGGAUGGACUUCCACCGAUUCUACUUCGAAAACUUGUUAUCCAAAAACAACAAGCCCAUCCACACGACCAUCCUGAACCCCCACGUGCACGUGAUCGGGGAGGACGCCGCCUGCAUCGCCUACAUCCGCCUGACGCAGUACAUCGACGGGCAGGGCCGCCCCCGCACCAGCCAGUCCGAGGAGACCCGCGUCUGGCACCGCCGCGACGGCAAGUGGCAGAACGUCCACUUCCACUGCUCGGGGGCGCCCGUGGCACCGCUGCAGUGAAGAGCUACCGCUGGCUGUUUUGGUUUCAUCCCGAAGGAGACGGUGAUUUGAGCUGAGCCGCUAGCCGGGAGCAGCAGUGCCAAGCACGCGCCCGCAUGCACGUGUCCCCCCUCCCCCUGCCCGUUUCCAGUGCCUGUGUUUGCAGAAAAAAACCCAACAAAACAAACAAAAAAAAUCAACAACAAAAAAAAAACCAAUCAACCCCGCCCCGAGCCCAAGCCCUGCCGUGACCUCUCCAGACCCAGCCGCCCCUUCUUCUCCCCCCCCCCCCCCGUGUCCGUCCAGCCAGGUGAACAGGUGUUGCGAUGAAAAUGUUCCAACUCCGAUACAAACCUUUCUUCCAAAGCCCCGCGCCGCCCGCCCCCCGCGCUGCCCGCCCCCGCACUGAGCGGCGCUCCGCUGAGACGACUUGCAUUCUCUGUCGAAGCAUGGACCUUCCCCGUGGUCGUGUCCCGUGGUCGUGUUUGCGCUUGGACAUCUGUGACCUGUUUUUCGAACCGUUCCUCGACAGCGGAACCGUUUUUCGAACCGUUCCUCGACAGCGCUCGGGCUUCCCCGGAUCUUCCCCUUCUAGUUGUGCUUGUGGAUUGUUCUGAUGACGAUGACGAUGAUAUUACUAUUCUUCGGACGCCUCGUUCGUUUCUUCUUUGGUGGGUUUGGUCGCUGGAGCCAUGGCUUUGCUGGGCUGGAUGCCCACCCCGGCCCCCCGCUAGCCAACAGCUGGCUUUCCCUAUACACCGCCGACCAGGGGGUGGAGAAGGGGGUGUCGUGAAGUGGAGAUAUGCCAAAUUCUUGCCAAGGCCCAGAUCUUGUGAGUUGAACCCACUCCCCAACCCCUUCGCCUGCUGGUGGUGUGGCUGUGCCAGGAUUUGCUCAGGGACGAUCCCGAGGCGGUGGGGAGUGGCGGAGCUUGGAGGCCUGGCACGGGGGUGACACGCCAAGGCCUCUCUCUUGGCUGUUGCUGGACACUGAAUUUCCAGAGGGACGGGGAGGGCGGGGAGGCCCUAAGUGGAGCGCUGAGUGCGGCAGGGCCAAUCCUGCUCCCCCAGCGGCCGCAGGGGAGAGGAAACCGAACGGGGGUUUCUCUGGUCCUGUCUCCUGCUCGAAGGCAUGGGCUCUGGGGGAUGUCAGUACCGACACAGGGCUGGACUCCCUCAAGAGCGAGGGGCCGAGCUGCCCUUCCACGUGCCUGCUGCAUCUGCCAGGGGCAUGGGCUUCUGGCUGGGUAGGGUCGCCUCCUCCUCCUCGCCCUGUCCAUGUUCAAUGAGCAGGUGCCCCCCCAUCCCAGCUCAGCCCCUUGCCACUGCUGCCCCCGGGAUGUUCGAUUGACCCCUCUCCCAGAGAGGGGUUGGCUGGACAGUCUGGGCUGAGUCACAGGUAGGGGGAAAGGGGACAGGCUGGGGCGGGGGUGUUGAACGGGCACAAGGGGCCAACGGUGGGCUCAUCCCCUCGUCAGCGCCCGAGCUCUGCUCUGUGGAGCCAGCUGGGCUUACAGCCCCUCAGCGUGUUGGUGAGCCCGGCCUUGUCCCAUUUGCUGCCGUGGCCUGCUGUGCCCGUGGGCCGUGUGAGUGCCAGGUGACGUACCCGCAUGGGGCGCGCUCCAGAGGUCCCAGUUCAUGUGGCCUUUGGGGAAGAUCCUGGCACCACUGAGGUCUUGGGCAGGGGGCUCAUUCCUGGAGCCCUGCAGCCUUGCUCCCAGCUGGGCCGCUGGCUGUGUGGGAUGGGGCUGGGCGUGUGCCCUGGCAGGGCUCGCUCAGUGGGGUCCUUGGAGCCAUGUGGCACCCGCGAGGCAAGCCCAGGUUUGGUGUGGGAGGCAGGGACGGAGCCUGUGGCUCCUGACUCCCUGGGCCGGCUUGGCACACAUGGGAUGGCUCAGGGAUCCCCGCCUCCCAUGGCAUGAGCAGGGGGCAGAGAGUUUGGGCACAGAGACGGGUCACAGGCAGGUGGGCAGGGCUUCUGGAGGUGACUGGGUUUUGGGGGUGGUGCUGGGGGUAGGUGGGGGCAGUAAGGGUGGGGCAGGAGGCAGGGGGUGGUCUGAUGUGGUGAGCAGGUGGGGCAGGUGUAGGUCAGGGUGAGGCAGGGGCCAGGGCAGUAGGGGUGUGACUGGUGGUGGGGCAGUGGUGGGCAGAGCAGUAGGGGAAGGACAGGGGCAGUUGAGGCGGGGUGGGGGGCACGGGGCAGGUGGGGGAUGUGAUGGGCAGUCAGGACCAGGGGAAUUGUAUAGUUUGCUCACAGGGCAGCAGGAAGUCCUAGAGGAGCAAACCGGGGACACGUCGCUCCAGCCCCAUGGUGCCAGCACUCCCCGGUGGAAGUGAGGGGCACCAUGGGUCCAGAUGACUGGCCAUGACGUGCAGAGUGCGGAGAACUGCCCUGGGAAGGGGCAAAGCCCAUUUGGCAUGAAAGUACCCAGGCAAGAAGCAGGUGAGAGAAUCAGGCACAGGAUGGGCGUGGGGGCACGUGCCCUGUGGGGAUAGGGCAUAGGGGGUGCAGUGUGCUCUGUGGGGAUGGGGCAUGGGCCUCAUGGGGGUCGAGUACAGGAUGGCACAUGACCCAUGGGGAUGGGGUGCAGGGGGGUGGUCUGUGUAUUGUGGCAAGCCAAUCCGGGUGUUAUUGUUUAUAUCAGGGGGCAGAGCAUGGGGAAUGGGACAGGCACUGUGUUAAUGGGGGUCGAUUGUGGGGCUGGCCGGGAGGACCCGCGCUGACCAGGAGCGGUAACGCUCGGCCUCCCUUUGUUAUUGGGAGGGGGCUCCGGGGGAUGAGCUACAGCUAGAGAAACUAACUGCACCACAUCCCCAACUAACCCCCCCACAACUUCUCUUCCCCCCCAGCCAGUGGCCCCAACUGCCCUUUCCUCUUCGCGGGCUGGGUCCUGCGUGGUGCCAGCCGUGAGCGCGCUUUGUGCCCAUGCUGGGCGAUUGCGUGCAAGCAGGGCCCGUCGCGAGAGGCCGGCACAGUGGCUCUCGUGCGCCGAGCCGAGGGUAUGGUUGGGGGGGUCAUUCCCGUCCCGGGGCCGCAUGCUCUGGGCCUGCGGCGAUCUCCGUGCUGUUUGUCGUGUCUCAGUGUGAGCAGAGUUGUUAGUCUCGGUGUCGUUACCAUGACCUGGCGUCUCCUUGCCUCGGGCGAUCGCUCCCCACAGACAAAGACUGCCCAGCAGCCUGGGUUUAAGGAGAGCAUCUCCGAGCACCAAGACUGCCCCUUGCCUGGGAGAGGCACGUCUGUCCGCUCCAUGCAGCAUCUUCCGCUGGUUGAACCCACGAGGCCCAGGGCCGCCGGGCGAGAACCCACCUUCUAGGCAACCUGCCCACAGGUCGAUCCUGAAGGGGCCGGUUCAACCCUUCUCACCAGUGGGGAAACUGCCCCACGAUGGGCCCUGUGCCUUCAACGAGCAGCACGUACCUGGCCACCGUUUGAUCCACUCGCCUUUCCAGGACAGUCGCCCCGUUCGAUGCCAUCCCAGUGGCUGGCGGGGUGAGCAACCUGGGGCUGCACCUGGCUGACCCGCCGACCGCCACGAAGAGAAUUCCCUUCCCCCAGACUUGGCCCUAGAGGAAUCGCUGAGUUUCACAGCAACCCCCCCCCCCCCGGGCCACUCUGUGCAUCCCUUCCCCACACUGCACGCUGCCAAUGGACGUCAGCCGGGCUCUGGGGUCCUAGCCACGAAGGACAAAGGCGAGUAGAAACUCCCCAGGCUCUUGGUCGCUGGUGCUGAGCGGUCGUGACAGGCGGCAGCAGCUGCUCGGAGACUCUCCACGGGCUCCCGGCUGUGUUGUGCACCUGCCCCGGCCGGGGCCUACUGCCGGUGAGGGGCUCGGCAUGUGGCACCUUCCCUUCUCCUGGGAUGGGCAGACGGAGCCAGUCUUCUCUGCCAGUCGGCCGGCCUGCAUGGCACAGAGCAGAGAACCUGCAUGGAGCCCGUGACUCCAUUGGGCUAGAGCGGAGCUGUCAGCUGGACGUCCAGGCGCGAGUGCUGGAGGCCAUGGAGGCUCACCACCUUCUCCUCUCCCCAGCCGAGUCGCAGGAAGGGCCAGCCGCCUUGUGGGAGGCUGAUGGAGGAAGGUGGGAGCCACGGAGCAGUGAGCCCUGCUAGCAACUGAGCCUUCACCUGCCUGGGGCAGCACUCGAAUGGAGCACGAACCCCUCAUGAGGACCCUGGCAUUUGGGUCGUGGGCCUGCCUGGCUCUGUCUAUGAGCAACAGCCCUGGGUGGAGCUGCCCCUCCAGUCCCAGCUCUGGCACCACAGGGAGGAGCAGAGAUUCUCCUGGGGUCCCGGCUGCACUCACUGGACAGGCCCCCUCAUCACUGGCCGAGCCCACAGCUGUGGAAGGACCUACCCUUGGGAUCAGUCAGUCCACAGGGCUAACCUCACUGCUGGCCCCGGAUGCAGGGCCGGCUGACGCUACGGCGGUGCAGCAGCCUGGAAAGCCAUCCCCACAAGGUUGGGUUUUCAGGCUGUGGAGGAUGGUGGGUGGGUGAGACUGCCACCAGCUUGGCUGACACAGCAGGGGUCUGGAUGCCGGCGCUAAAGGGGGGAGCUGCCUCAGCUCCUCCAUGGAACGGGCAUAGAGUCGGGGACAUGAACCAGCCCCCCAUGGUGUUGUGCGCUGUACGUUAUUAGGUGUUUUUUGGUACUGCCUAGGGACCCCUGGAAUGGCCCAGGACUGCAUGGUGCCAGGUGCUGUUCAUUAUUAGGUGUAUUACGGUUAUGCCUAGAAGCCCCUGGUGUGGCCCAGGACCCCAUGUUGUUAUGCAUGCUCCAUUAUUAGGUGUAUUACGGUAGUUGUAGGAAAGGGAGAGGAGCCCCUCUGGCAUGGCCCAGGACCCCAUCGUGUUAUACGCGGUCCAUUAUUAGGUGUAUUACGAUAUCAUGGUACCAGGCACAGUCCAUCAUUAGGUGCAUUACAGUAGUGCCUAAGAGCCCAUGGCAUGGCCCAAAACCCCAUGGUGUUGUGUGCUGUGCAUUAUUAGGUGUUUUAUGGAAGUCCUAGGGACCCCUGGCAUGGCCUAGGACUGCAUGGUGCCAGGUACUGUACAUUAUAAAGUGUAUUACAGUAGUGACUAGGAGCCGUGGCGUGGCCAGGACCCUAUAGUAUUAUUUAUGGUCCAUUAUUAGGUGUAUUACGGUCGUGGUAGGAUAGGAAGGGGGGGAGCCGCUCUGGCAUGGCCCAGGACCUUGUGUUAUGUAUGGGCCAUUAUUAGGUGUAUUAUGGUAUCAUGGUACCAGGUACUGUCCAUUAUUAGGUUUAUUAUCGUAUCAUGGUUCUGGACACUGUUAUUAGGUGCAUUACGGCAAUGCCUAGGAGCCCCUGGCGUGGCCCAUGGUGUUAUGUAUGGUCCAUUAUUAGGUGUAUUAUGGUAAUUCUAGGAGGGCCUCUCCGGCAUGGCCCAGAACGCCAUGCUGCCCAUUAUUAGGAGUAUUACGGUACCAUGGUGCAUGACACAAAACACAGAGCUUGGGCCUGGCCCAAGUUUUGC